ACACAUAUAUCUGAAUUGUUUUGGAAGUCUAAUGUUAUCGUUGAUAAGAAAGCUCGGCGCGCAAAGCUAAAAAGCUUCCGCACGUGAUCGCCAACCGGUUGGGAGAGUGCGCCAAAAGCAGAAGCUUCGCUUCGCUCUAUGCACAGCAGUCGAUCAGUUGCUCCAUGCGAGUUUAGUCGAAAUGAGAGUGAGACGCAAUCCGCUGCCCCGGCGGCUGGUGGAUAUACUGUGCUACCUGGUGAUUGGAGUAUUUCUGCCCAUUGUUUUCAUAUUUGAGAUCAUCGUAGUGCUGCCCGCAAUACACGAGCCCGGCGGAUUUCUCCACACGUUCACAUUCCUCAUGGCCAUGUUUCUGCUCUUCAAUAUAAAGGGCAACUUGAUCGUGAGUAUGUUGAUCGACACAAGCGUCGAUGAGCAGUGCCGGCCGCCGCCAGAAGGCGACGCAGCUCGUCUGGAGUGGAGGCACUGCGCGAUCUGUGAUCGCCUGGCGCCGCCCAGAUCGUGGCACUGCAAGCUCUGUGGCGUCUGCAUACUGAGACGCGAUCACCACUGCAAUAUUGUGGGCAGUUGCGUGGGGCAUCACACGAUGCGCUAUUUUGUGUGCUUCGUGGCACAGUUUGCCUUCGGAUCGAUCUACUCCACGAUCUAUCAGUUAUACUUUAUGCUGGGCUACAACUAUACCUUGCUGGUCACACAAUUGGUUUGCGGUCCGUUUCCACUCUUCGAGCUGGUGACCAUCAACGUUUUCAGCUGGAAGUUGCUUGCAGUGUACACAACUUGUUCGGCAUUUUGCUAUUAUCUGCCGCAUGUGUUGCACGGAACUGUGCGCUUUGAUAGUGGACCGAAGUACGACUGCGGACUCGCCUACAAUCUGCGAUGUGUCCUUGGCGAACGGAUGUUUCUGGUUCUGCUAUCGCCUUUCAUCGUCAGCGAAUUGCCCACGGAUGGCUAUUCCUUUCAAAUUAAUCCAAAUCACAUCACGGCGAAAAGUGUGAUGGCAGUUUAACUAAUCGAAUAAAGAACGAAAGAGAAACAGUUUAAUUAUCACAC